CUUACAGUGUACAUGAUGUCCAACUUGAACCGGUCCGUCGGAAAUUACUUCUUCUUCCUGUUCAUAACGAUUCUCACGGUCUUGUCACAGUCAGCAAUCUUCCGCACACUAGCAUGUUUGACCCGAACUCCCGAGCAAGCAAUGGCUCCCACUGCUUUGCUGGUCCUCGGCAUGGCAAUCUACCCUGGGUUUACGCUCCCCACUGAUUACAUGCCUGGCUGGUCACGAUGGAUGAAUUAUAUCAACCCCAUCAGUUAUGCUUUUGAGGUGAUGAUGGCCAAUGAAUUCAGUGGAAGAGAAUUCAAUUGCGCCUCCAUGAAUCCAUCCGGUGAAGGCUACUCUGACGUUUCACCCGCAUCACAGAUAUGUUCUGUAUUCGGUUCACAACUUGGCUCAUCUGUUGUCAUGGGCCAUGAUUACAUCGAGGCAGCUUACAAUUAUCGCAAUGCGAACAAGUGGAGGAAUGUCGGUAUCUUGUUCGGAUACUGCAUCUUCUUCAUGAUCGCCUAUCUCGUCGCAGCCGAAUACGCAAAGCCACCUCGGAACAAGGGAGAGAUAUUGGUGUUUAACCGUGGCAAUGCAGUACCAAAGAAAGAAGACCGCCAAGAUCUAUCAGACGUUGAAAGCCAUAGCAGUUCCACAGAAGUUGUCUCUGGCAUAACUGGAGGCUCAUCAAUUUUCCAUUGGGAAGAUCUUUGCUACGACAUCAAGAUCAAGGGCGAAGAGCGCCGGCUCCUGGACCAUGUUGAUGGUUGGGUCAAGCCUGGUAAGAUUACUGCACUGAUGGGAGUUUCUGGCGCAGGCAAGACUACAUUGCUCGAUGUCCUAGCGACUCGUGUCACGAUAGGUGUUGUCAGUGGAGAGACCAUGAUCAACGGCAGCCCGAUAGAUACCUCUUUUCAACACCGCGUUGGCUAUGUGCAGCAACAAGAUCUACAUUUACACACCAUGACUGUCCGGGAAGCAUUGAGAUUCAGCGCACUUCUUCGUCAGUCGGCUGAGGUACCGAAAGUUGAGAAACUGGAUGACGUGGAACAAGUCAUUGACAUGUUGGAAAUGCGGCCGUAUGCAGAAGCAGUAAUCGGUGUUCCUGGUCAGGGUCUGAACAUUGAGCGGAGAAAACGAUUGACAAUUGGCGUUGAGUUGGCUGCUCGUCCUCAGUUGCUGAUCUUCCUUGACGAACCUACUUCUGGCCUGGAUUCCCAAACAUCCUGGGCUAUUUACCAGUUGAUCAAGAAGUUGACCAAGAGUAGACAAGCUAUCCUCUGUACCAUUCAUCAACCAUCAGCUGUCUUGUUCAAGGAGUUUGAUCGUCUACUUCUCAUUGCUCCUGGUGGACGAACAGCCUACUUUGGUGACUUGGGCGAGGAUGCAUCAACACUUAUCAAUUACUUUGAGCGAAACGGUGCUCCCAAGAUCCCAGCUGCUGCCAACCCUGCCGAGUGGAUGCUCCAACUUCUCACACCCACGAAAGACAGUUCCAAGAACGUCGACUGGCACCAGAUAUGGCGUUCCUCCGAAGAGUACCAAUCAGUCAAGAAAGAACUCCAACGCAUCCGGGCUCUCGCAGUAGACGACCUUGCAAAUCCAACCAUCACAUCGUCUGAUAUCGAUGUAUCCCAGCACGACGAAUACGUCACCUCAUUCCGCACCCAGUUUAAGGAAGUUCUUAUCCGCACAUUCAAGCACUACUGGCGCAUGCCCGUCUACAUCUACUCCAAAACAAUCAUGUGCAUUCUCUACGGCCUCUACAUCGGCUUCAGCUACCACUCCAGCACCACCAUCCAAGGAACCAUGUCCCAAAUGUGGGCCAUAUUCAUGCUCCUCCUCCUCGUACUCAGCCUCCACGAACAAAUGAUGCCGCUCUUCAUCCCACAACGGGAUCUCUACGAAGUACGGGAGCGACCAUCUAAGAUCUACAGGUGGCAAACUUAUGUAUUCGCAAACAUCAUUGUUGAAUUGGCUUGGAAUUCUCUCAUGGCCGUGUUCCUCUUCUUCUGCCUCUCCUAUCCCGUGCAAUAUGUCGACGCCAUGACGAAAGAUGUUACAAUUCGCAGUUUCCUGGUCUUUCUGUUUAUGUGGCAGUUCAUGCUACUCACCAGCACACUCUGCCACUUCGCAAUCACCUGGAUAGGACUUGCUGAAAUAGCAAGCAGUCUCACGAAUUUUCUAUGGAUGAUGUGUAUCUUGUUCUGCGGCAUCAUGAUCCCCCGCCGCGACCUCCCAACCUUCUGGACAUUCAUGAACCGUGUCUCACCCACCACCUACCUAGUCAGCGGCCUCCUCUCCACCGCCAUCGGACAAUCAAAUAUAACUUGCGCCACUAAGGAACUCCUCCACCUGACCCCACCAUCCAACAUAACCUGUCGCGAGUUCCUCUCACCAUUUGCUGAAGCGGCAGGCGGGAGACUUCUCACGCCUGAGGCGAGGGAUCUGUGUUCAUACUGUCCAAUUGCUACGACGGACGUGUUUAUAAAGAAUUUUGAUAUCGAGUAUGCGAAUAGAUGGAGGGAUUUUGGAUUGGGGUGGGUUUAUGUGGGUGUUAAUGCUGGGGUUGCUGUUGGGCUUUAUUGGGUGUUUAGGGUUCCGAGGAAGGCGGGACGAGGAGGGCAUAAAGGAGUCUGA